UGUUUAGGACGACGUUCGUCUCUCUCUUUACGAACCAACCCUUUUCGGGAUUUUCAAUUCUCUUCUCCAAGUCUUUUCUUGACGCUCUACGAGCUCGAGUUCUUCUUUUGAUUCGAGAGCACGGUCGAUUACUCCGCGGGCGAGGAGCGACGACUGUGUUAUACCGGCGGGUCCGAUUGAACAAUUGACAAUUGAUUGACCACCGAGCAGUAUUGGCGUCGAGUGUGUCACGACUUCAAUUACUUUCGUUUUCACUUAGUUAGAUUCUUUUCUUAGUUGCCAAUUCCUCAAUUGGCGACAUUUUGAUACCCCUUCAUCUUCGUUGUGUUAGUUUCCCACGCUCGAGUGGGCAGGUUUUUGUGGUUGCGACUUUCGCAUCGCAUUUAGCAAAGCAUCAUGAGUUGUUUUCACAGUCGGAAAGAGGCGGAAAUCCGUCCUGAACAGAAAUGGGAUGCAAUUAGUCUAAAAGACUUCAAGUCAUCAUCAUGUUUCACUCCCUUGGCUUAUGGCUACCUUUACUUUUCUCUCAUACUAUCCGUUGCCGUAUAUAGCGUUGAUACCUUUACGGCUAUCAACUUGCUGGCUUUCAACACCUGGUCAUCUAGUAUCGAACCUACUCAGCUCAUCUCAUUCGACGUAUCGAAAUGGAUUUUCUCGAUCUGUAUUAUCGCGUCUUUCGUCAAUCUAGCGUUCGAACAUAUUCGCGCUAUGAGGGUUAUGAAGCGAGGAAGUGUUGCCGAAUGUUAUCUCGAUAACCUAGCCGUGCGCUUGGAAAGUGUCCGACUUGGAAAGGGUCAAGGAUGGAGGCGUUUUCUUGUCUUCGCCGAGCUAACUAAAUCCAAGAAGGGUGCGGAAUAUGUUGCGCUCUUUACGUACUUCAACUUUCAAUCAUGGAUUCGAGUCAUAUUCUGCUCUGGACCCCGACAAGCCGUCAAUGCUCUGACCUUGUACUCCGUCUACAAGUCGAAUCUCAUUCCGACCGACGUUUCCUCGGUGCAGAGCACACUUGGUACUUUCUUUGGCAAGCUGCAGCAUCUCGCCGAGGAAAACCAGCAGCAGGUGGUGAUUCUAUCGGGCAUGGUGUUCACACUCGUUAUCUGGGUUUUCGCCGUCAUCUUUCUACUCAUCGCGGUUUUAUUUUACGUAUUUUUCCUCUGGCAUUAUAUCCCCCGGCAGGACGGCGGACUCCACGGCUACUGCGAGCGAAAGGUUAACAAGCGAUUGACCAAGAUUGUUACGGUUAAGGUCAAUAAGGCUAUCGCCAAGGAAGAGCGGGACCGAAUGAGGGCCGAGUUCAAGGCGGCGAAGAAGGCCGGCGAGAAGCCACCUCUGGGACGACAAGCGACUUUGCCGACCUUCUUAGACGAAGGCAACGAAGAUAAACUCCCGGGGAUGCCUAUGCUGAACCGUAACGAUACCAUGGCUACUUUACCGGCAUAUACCCCGCGACCUGGUUCGCAACACAGCAUUGAACUUGAUUCUUGGGACCAGAAGCGACCGGUACCAUCACGGCAGGGAACAAUGGUUACCAAUGCCUCUUCGUCUAGCUUUUCUUCGCGCGCUCCCUUGGUGGGCGGCGCAGCCGGAAUGGGCUUCGACCGAGUAGCAUCUCCUGAGCCAACUCUACCUCAAAUCGACCUAACGAACUUGCAGCCGCCUGCGCGUCCAAGUACGGCAGCUUCAAACAGGAGCUUCGGUCCCGGUCCCCAGCUCGUCCGGGUGCAAACCAGCGGAAGCGGAUUUGGUGCCGGUUACGCCGCAAGCCCAACUGCGUAUUCGCCAGAUACCUCUUCUCAAAUGGACGGUUAUCGCCGACCCGCGCCCAUGCCUCGUCCGUUUAACCAAAUGGAUGGACGCUCUAGCCCGGCUCCAUCUAUUUAUUCAAACCGCGGGCCUCCUUCCAACGGGCCGUCAUCCUACGGUGGCCAGCCUUACCCACCCCCUCGCAGUAUCACAAACCCCAUUUCUUCUGGACCAAGAAUGCCACCACAGCGAAAUAUGACAGCACCAAUGCCGCCCCGGCAGCAGGAUGCAUACUACGGGCAGCGCCCUGGAAUGGCUCCGAGCCACCAGAGGGAUACGAGUCAGGGAUAUAAUUACGGCAGUGACCUGGAAUCACAGCGUGACUUUCCACGAUACUAGUAGUAUUCACUGUUAAACGAUGGUUACGCAGAAGGAGUGGAAUAGAUGCGGAUACCCUAAUAUUAUAUACCACUUACGUACAUAACGUUGAUGGUAUAUCCUUGAUUAUGAU